GUUGCUAUCAAGAAAUAGGGUUGUCAUGCCUUGGAAAGUUGUGGGAUAACGAAGUUAAGCCUAAGUUUUUUGGAGGGGGAAAGGGUCCAAGAACCACGGGAGGCGCCCAAAUUCAAUUCCAGAUCAAACCCAGGAAAGCUGCAAAGUCUAGAGUCCUGUUUCUCUUUCGGAAGAAAUGACAAGACUCUCCUGCAUGAAGGCACUGAGGUCCAAACCAGGGGCGAGGGAAAAGGUGUGUGCACAGAUGAUGCGAUUGCGCUGGGGCCCUCGAGGAGGCCAAUUGCAUAAUGAAAGCGCAAUCGAGCAAUCACAUGUGAAAACGUCCGUAUUUACUUCGAGACUGCCCACCUCUUUUUUUUUUCCCUCUCUCUUGUCCCACUAUACUCCAAUCUCGUCCUACUACUUAUCUUGCCUACUAUCUCCUCUCAGCAUAUAUUCUCCUCUUCUUCUUUUACAUUAUUUUAUUUUCCCCCCCCCCCCUCCCCCUUCUUAUCCUAUUCUCACAUCUUCAUGCCCCACGCCCACUCUGACGUGAUGGGUCAACCAAUCGUGAACGGCGAGCAGGUCCAUUCUCAGUUCCUCGACCAUCUCACCUCCUACCCCGUCGUCUCCGACUCCAUCUCCCUCUUCAAGAGCAACCCCUACGGUGCCAAGUCCCUCGAGCUCAGCGACCACGCCUACGCCCGCAUCGCCAAGCCCGUCCUGCCUUACUUCUCCACCCCGUACAGCUAUGUCGCACCUUACCUGGCCCGCGCCGAUGCUCUGGGUGACAAGGGUCUGACCCAGAUCGACUCGCGCUUCCCCAUCAUCCGCGAAGAUACCCAGAAGAUCCGCGGCACUAUCUACAACACCGCCGGAUUGCCGGUCCGUGUGGCCGGCGACGUCAAGCAACACCUCUUCGAUGUCUAUGGCUCUGAAUACAAAAAGUGCGGUGGUGAUGGCGUCGUCGCUUCGGGCAAGGCUAUCAUCACGACGAGCCUGGUGCUCUCGACCGAGUCUUUGACUUAUCUGACGACUUGGUUCCAGAAGGCCAAGGAGGAGGCUAAGGAGGUGGUGAAUGAGAAGACCAACAGCCACUGAUUAAAGAAUGUGCUUGUCCCUUCCUUGAGCGUUUGAUUUUCUUUCUUUCUUUCUUGUGUGGUCCUUUUUUUUUUUAGAGAAAAUUAUACCUGUCCUCGCGAUUCUUCCUACUGGUUUCUGUUUCCGUGUUGGUUGUUUUCGAUCUCUGUGCUUGUCAUUUAUUGGAGAUAUACAGUGCUACUGUCGCUGCGGAUAUAUGUUGCCAUAUCGUCCUGUAAUUGCUCAGCGUGACGUCAUGCGAAAGAUUGCCUGUCCUAAUCCCGAAUAUGAACACAAUUCAACUACUGUGCAAUACUCUACCUUCAAUUUGAAUUUCUA